GGCUCUCAGGCAGAAACGAUUUCAUAAGCGAAGCUUUUUUCAAUGGGAUGAAAUCCUUGCUUCGGACGCGUUUGAACCAUUGUCCGGUUAUUUCGUAGUUUUUUAAGGCACACUAAACGAAAAAGUGGACAACUUUCACCAGCGAAGAAGCAGAGGCUUGCACAUUUUUAAAACAUUUCAAAGAUUCGGCACAUCGAAUACGAUUAUGGCAACUGCAACCCGAAGUCGCCUACUAAACAACGACCUGUCAUCGGAAGUUCAGCUUCUUAACAAUUAAAGAGGCGAAGAGCUCAUUCAUUUCUUCCCCGAGGCACUGCAGCCGAAACCCUGAAGACUAUGCACUGUUCAACGUUGAAUUGCUGCGUUUUUAUUUCGCUCAUCAAUUGAUAUAUUGAUGAUCUGUGGAAGAAAAAUCUGGUCUACUUGAUGUGGGUUGACAGAGGGUGUGCGCUGUUGACGAUAGUUGGUGAUGGUUGCACAGAUGGCGAACACAAGCGAGCCGGGGGAAAGCAACCCUUCGCUACAGAAUUAUGCCAUCACUGCUUCUGCGGUGAAGCUGGCCUCUCUCGGUCUGAUAAUCUGUAUCAGCCUGGCAGGGAACAUUCUGCUAUCUUUCCUGGUGCUGAAAGACAGCAGCCUACACAGAGCUCCCUAUUACUUCCUCCUGGAUUUAUGUCUGGCGGACAUAAUACGCGCAGCUGUAUGUUUUCCCUUCGUGAUGAUAUCCAUUACCAGCGGCUCCAGUUGGGCAUAUAGCAUCAUAAGCUGCAAGAUCAUCGCGUUCAUGGCAGUUCUCUUCUGCUUUCACGUAGCCUUUAUGCUCUUCUGCGUCAGUGUAACUCGAUACAUGGCGAUAGCGCAUCAUAGAUUUUACUCCAAGCGAAUGACAUUAUGGACCUGCGUGGCAGUCAUAUGCAUGGUUUGGACCCUCUCCGUUGCUAUGGCAUUCCCGCCGGUAUUCGAUGUUGGCACUUACAAAUUCAUUCGAGAGGAAGAACAGUGUAUUUUUGAACAUCGAUACCUGAAAGCAAACGACACCUUGGGUUUUAUGUUGAUGUUGGCAGUCAUUGUGGGAACAACUCAUGUGGUUUAUAUGAAAAUGCUGUUUUUUGUUUACGAUCACCGUAAAAUGAAACCGGCCCAGCUGAUCCCGGCAAUAAGCCAGAACUGGACUUUCCACGGACCUGGCGCUACAGGACAAGCAGCUGCCAACUGGAUCGCGGGAUUUGGACGUGGUCCCACCCCACCGACACUGGUGGGGAUCAGACAGGCUUUGCACAACCCCAACAAGAGGCUUCUUGUCUUGGAUGAAUUCAAAAUGGAAAAACGAAUCGGCAAGAUGUUUUACUUGAUAACUCUUGCGUUUUUUCUUCUGUGGUCCCCCUACAUUGUCGCCUGCUAUCUUCGGGUGUUUGUGAAAGCCAGUGCCAUCCCACAAGUGUACCUCACUGCGGCGGUGUGGAUGACGUUCGCGCAAGCAGGGGUGAAUCCCAUCAUAUGUUUUAUAUUUAACAAGGAGCUUAGGGUUCGUUUCAGAGCCCGUUUCGAAUGCUGUUUGAGCACACAAACACCUAUGGAGUCAUAUUGUGUUAUCUGAACAAUAUAUUGCUAUGUUGUUCAACUUACGUUGUUUUGAUUACAAUAGUUCAGACCAACAAUUGAGCUUUGAAAGAUUUUAUUUUUGAAUGAAAACAUGCUCGGUAUGCAUAACUGUCGCCCUUGUUGGUUAUUUUCUUUAAUUGAUUUCAAGUUUCUCUAGAUUAUACCCUUGAAGGCCAUAUUUCGCAAUGACCAAAUUGCAGAUACAAAUGAAAUGUAAAAAUUCCAUAUUUUUAAAAAUUUAUAUUUGUAUGCAUAUAUUUUACACUGAUGUUAACAAAUUAUCUUAUUUAAGGAGUAUUUUAAAAUUAAGUGUAUGUUGCUUCUAUAAAGGAAUUAUGUAGGCCUAUUAUGCUGGUGUAAAUCUGAUUUGUUCAAUUUGUUUUAGACUUUUUAUCAGAAAUUAAUUAUCUUUGAUAAGAUCUUCCUAGCAUUGGUUGUGUGGAUAAAAUACUGCAACUCAGUUUUACUUUUUCUGCAAGUAAAUAUGAUACAUAGAUUUUUGAAAAUGUGUUGACAAAAAGACUUCCUAUCACAUUCCCUUUAAUGUAAAUUAUGUUUUAUGGUCAAGAAAACAAAUGACUUAGUUCUGAUGAUUGACCAUUCUUAAUGCCUUUGGAAGAUGGUUGCCUUGUUUGUACUGCAGAAUAAAUAAUCAUAAAUAAUGAA